AUAGCUCCGCAUAUAAGGAAGACCCUGAGAUCAUUGCCUCUCAUAACUCCUGCUGGAGUUGGACUGAAGCCAUGGAUACCAAGCCACUCAUACUCUGCUUAACUGCGAUUCUCACUGUAAGUGGAUGUCCGGAUGGGCGAGAAUUCCUCACCACCUUCCCGGAGAGUAAGGGGACAGAAUUAGUUCAUGAGCUCAUUAUCACAGCCUAUGAAAGCAAGGCCAUAGUAAACGUGUGGUCUCCAGAUUUCUCUAAAAGGGUGGCAGUGCCCAAAGGAAAGACGGUAACCACAGAGUUGCCACUUGCAGGAUCAACAAACAAAAUGGUUCGGAUCACCUCUGACACUGAUGUCACAGUGGUAUCAUCUAAACUGUCUUCAGCUAACCGAGAUGGGAGUGUGAUCCUUCCAACCUCUCAGCUAGGCACCGACUAUGUGGUGUUCACACCGCGUCCAAACUUUUCCGCAGGGUCUGCAGCUCAUGUUACUAUUGUAAAUGGUGACAAAGCCAAUAAGGUGAAAAUCCUGCCCUCUCGGCGGAUAAAAGGAAGAAAGAAAUGGAAGAAUAAUAAACAAAUCACACUCAAAUUGAUGCCAAACGAAGUCUACCAGCUUAAAAGUUCAAGAACCUUGACUGGCACUACAAUCAAGUCUACACAUCCUGUAGCUGUUUUGGCAGGAACCAAUUGUGUUUCCUACUUCCAAGGAUGUGCAGAUGUGUUUGAGCAACUCAUUCCAGUGCAAAGGCUUUCAAAUUACUAUUUGGUUCCAACCAUGCGCAAAAAAGACCGUAAAGACAAAGUCUAUGUGGUUGCACAUGAUGACAACACAUUAGUGUCGUUUGUGUUCAAUAGUGGGCGCAAAAGAGAAUUCAAACUUCACGCUGGUGAAAAGAAGUCUAUCCGUUUGCAUAAAGUAACAUCCUUUGCUGUCAGCAGCAACAACAAUGUAAUGGUGAUGCACCAUAGAAGUCAGCUUCCCCGUGAGGAGUUUCUCACCAACAUCCUCCCCACCUCUGAAAUGGCAAAUAUGUGGAUGUUGAACCCAAAAAAGACUGCCAGAGUUGUAAUCAUUGCGGAGGCAAAGGGAUCAAACACAAUCAGUCUGGUGAACCGAUGGAGAUCUUUCUUGCCAGACAAACAUUAUGUGUGGACUACGGAGAAACUGCGGAAGGCCAACAGUCCAGUUGCAAUUUCUGGAGAGGCCCCCAUGAUUGUUUAUGUGUUUGGUAAAAAACCCAGAACCAGUUACGGUACAACUGGAGUAUGUUUUUCAGGAAAAGCACCAACUCCAGCACCUGAUCCCUGUGAUAGCAUCAUAUGCCGGGAAAAGGAGGAAUGCCGCAAAGGUGAAUGUGUCGCCACAUCAGAGGACACCUGCUAUGCCCUGGGGGAUCCCCAUUACAGAACAUUUGAUGGCAGACGCUACGACUUCCAGGGUACCUGCACCUACACCAUGGCAAAGGUUGUGAAAAAGGAGACAGGUCUCGUUCCCUUCACAGUCCUGGCCAAGAACAACCACAGAGGGAACCGAUGGGUGGCAUUCGUGAGGACAGUGACAGUGACUGUCUACAAUCACACCGUAGCCAUUAGCAACAGACGGGGACAGGUGGAGGUAGAUGGUGAAAUUGUUUACCUGCCUGUGAGUUUAGCUGGAGGAAAACUUGAGGUGGUCCAGAGGGGCAGGAAGGCCAUUCUGAAAACGGACUUUGGUCUGAAAGUCACGUAUGACUGGAAUAUGAUGCUGUACAUCACAGUUCCAAGCAGCUACUUCCGAGCCCUGGGUGGCCUUUGUGGGAACUACAAUGGUGACCGUGGGGAUGAGUGGACCAGCCCCUCUGGCAGUCGGCUCUCCUCGGCCCUUGAGUUUGCCAAGAGCUGGAAAGAAGCAGACGGUGACUUGUUCUGCCAUGAUAACUGCCGUGGAAGAUGUCCCACUUGCUCACCAACUCAGCAAAAUAAAUAUGGUGGGAACGGCUACUGUGGGAUUAUCACUAACCCCAAGGGUGUUUUUGCUGAAUGCAUAAGCGAAGUAGACCCUGAAAUCUACUUCAGCAAUUGUGUCUUUGACAUCUGCAUCAAUAAUGGCCUGACCAGCUUCCUAUGUGAUAAUGUAGAAAAUUACGUUGAUGCCUGUAUGGCCCAAGGCAUCAAGAUUGACCGCUGGAGGACUAUUGCUGACUGCCCAAUUGAUUGUCCUGCAAACAGUCACUAUGAUGCAUGCGGACCAGCAUGCGCCUCCUCCUGUGCUGAUAAAAACGCAGCAUCCACCUGCAAGCUGCCAUGUGUAGAAGGCUGCCAGUGUAAUGCAGGCUUUGUCCUCAGCGGUGACACAUGUGUAAGAGAGACAACAUGUGGCUGCACCCAUGAGGGUCGCUACCACCCACCUGGAAAGACAUUUUGGGCAGACAACACAUGUACUAAAAGAUGCACUUGCAACUCUGGAACCAUUCAGUGCACUAACACCAAGUGCAAGAGUUCAGAGGUGUGUUCGGUGAGGAAUGGAGUGAAAGACUGCCAUCCCCUCUCUUAUAGCACCUGCUAUGGCUCAGGUGAUCCACACUAUCGAUCAUUUGAUGGGAAGAAAUUUGACUUCCAGGGAACUUGUACAUAUUACCUCUCCAAGCUGUUGAACACUACAGAUCAAAGUCUGGAAGUAUUUGAGGUGCAAGUCCAAAAUGAGAACAGGGGCCGCAACAAGGCAGUGGCAUACACAAAGACAGUCCUGAUAAAAGUGUAUGGGCAUACCAUUGUUUUAAGCAGUGACAAUCCAGGAAGAGUGAUGCUUGAUGAUGCAUUUGUAAAUUUCCCAAUAACACUGGAAGAUGGGAGAUUGUCAAUUUUUCGAAGUGGCUGGUCUGGAGUGGUAAAAACUGAGUUCGGCUUACAAGUCCAGUAUGACUGGAGAAGCUACGUGUCAGUUACUCUCCCUAGCACCUACAGUGGAGAGGUAGGUGGUCUGUGUGGAAACUUCAAUGCCAAUGGCAAUGACGACAUGCACACACCUGACAACACCCCUGCCACAACUCCUACAGAGUUUGGUAAAAGCUGGAAAGUGAAGGAUGACCCACGAUGCAAAGACACAUGCCAAAAAUGUCCUGUUUGUGACAUUAACUCUGAGCCAAAUAAACCGUACCGAGAGGCAUGUCGUAUUCUCACAAAUCAGAAUGGUCCCUUCAAGGCUUGUCACAACAAAGUUAAUCCCCAGCCAUAUUUUGAGGACUGUGUUUAUGACAUGUGCAUGUAUCAUGGCCACUCCUCAGCUCUUUGCGAUGCCCUCAGUGCAUACACUGCAGUUUGCCAGGAGGCCAAAGCCAGUAUCAAUGUUUGGAGAACGGACACAUUCUGUGCGCUAGCCUGCAAACCAUUCAGCCACUAUGAGCUGUGUGCUGACAGUUGUUCUCAAACGUGUGGCACCAAUGACGUCUGUGAUGUCACUUCUUGCAAAGAGGGCUGUGAGUGUGAUGACGGCUUUGAAUUCAGCAAUGGACAGUGUGUGCAGGAGGAACAGUGUGGCUGUCUCUACAAGGAUCAGUACUAUGAACACGGGCAGGUGUUUUUUCCUGGUGAGCAAUGUGCCCGGCGUUGUGAGUGUGGGGAUAAUGGCAGGGUGCAGUGCCAGGACAGCUUCUCCUGUGGUCCUGGUGAAGUGUGCAAAAUCCAGGAUGGAACCAAGGGCUGCUUCCCAACAGACAAAGCAGCUUGCUCUGUGUCAGGAUCUGGACACUAUCAAACAUUCGAUAACAGGGUCUUCAGUGUUCCUGGAAACUGUAAGUACACAAUGGCAGAGGUUGUGGAGGACAAAGAGGGAAAGAGGGCUCCCUUCAGUGUGAUCAUCCAUCAGCAAUCAACACCCAACGACCUAACAGUUACCAGAAGUGUCCAAAUACAAGUCAACGACCGCACCCUCUCCAUGCUUCCUGGACGGCUGUGGGAAGUAAUGGUGGAUGGUGUCAGAGUGAAUCUCCCGCUUGAGCUGGAUGAUGGGGAAGUGCAAGCCUAUCAGAGUGGCCUUGUCAUCACCCUGCAGACUCACUUUGGCUUGAAGGUGACUUAUGACACCAGGUCCAUGGUCAGAGUAGAAAUGCCAUCCUCUUACCAAGGCACACUGCUAGGUCUCUGUGGCAACUACAACAGCAACCCAGGCGAUGACUUUGCUCUACCGGGAGGUGAACAGGCAAAGUCGGCAGAAGCCUUCACCAAUGGCUGGGUCAUGGCUGAAAAGGGUGUGAAAUGUCAGACCGGAUGUGGUGGCCAGUGUCCCUCCACACCACCUGACACACAGGAGUCCAAAGACAAGUGUGACAUCCUGAAAGACACAAAGGGUCCAUUUUCAAAGUGCCACGCAACUGUGCCACCUCAGAAGCAUUUUGACGAAUGUGUGAAAGACCUUUCAGAACAAGGGGGGAAAGACGAGGUCCUCUGUCAACACUUGCAGAACUAUGUUGCCAUUUGCCAGGAGGCUGGUGCCUCGGUCGACCUCUGGAGAAAUGACACAUUCUGCCCUAAAACAUGCCCAGAGAACAGUCAAUAUGAGCUCUGCGCUGACACCUGCACUACCACCUGCGCCAGUCUAACAAAAUCUCCCAAGUGCUCACGCUGCCAGGAGGGAUGUGAGUGUUUGGAUGGUUUUGCAUUUGAUGGUGGGGUCUGUACACCGCUUGGAAAAUGUGGCUGUCUUGUUGACGGAGUGUACUUUAAGUCUGGGGAGACUGUGGUUACUGGAGAAGACUGUACAGAUAAGUGCACAUGCAUGGAUGGAGUGUACUUAUGUCAGGAAAUUCAGUGUACAGAAGAACAAGUGUGUUCUAUAAGGGAAGGUGCAAGGAACUGCUAUGAUGUUGACCCUUGCGAGCAGAAAGGGUGCCGCGAAAAAGAAAGGUGUGUGAAGAACGGCACUGUUGUUCAGUGUGUGGCAGAGUCCCAGGCCAGUUGUUGGGCCAUGGGGGACCCCCACUAUCGAAGCUUCGAUGGCAAGACAUUCUCUUUUCAAGGCACAUGUUCAUAUACUCUGGUUCAGACAAAUGGUAAAGAUGAAACACUGACUCCUUUCAGUGUAGUUGCCAAAACGGAGUUGGAAUCCCUCCACAGAGGUGCCUACUUAAAGACUGCAACCAUCCGGAUGGCAGAUGUCACCUUCACCAUUGUCUAUGGACAUCCUGGAAAAGUCAUGAUUGACGGAUCGCCUCACAACCUUCCUCUAACUCUCAACUCCGGAAAAAUCAAGAUUACCCAGAAAAGCUAUCAGGGUUUCAUCGAGACAGACUUUGGAGUGGAAAUUAUCUUUGACUGGGGAGAGGACCUGAAGGUCAUUGUGUCAAGUAGCUACUUUGAUAACCUGGAGGGGCUGUGUGGAAACUACAACGAUGACCCAUCAGAUGACUUCUCUCUGCCCAAGGGUAACAUCGUCAGUGACCUUCCAAAGUUUGCAGAGGCUUGGGGUCUCCCAGAGACCAACCAGUCCUGCAUGCAUGCCUGCCUUGGUACCUGCCCAGACUGCCCAGAUGAGUCAGUUUAUAAGCAAAGGCAAUACUGUGGUGAGAUUGUGGUGAAGGAUGGGGUAUUUGCAGCCUGUCACGCCCAUAUUUCACCACUGCCUCUCAUGGCAGACUGCAUUUACAACAUGUGCAACCAUCAGGGGGAUGAGGAGAUGCUGUGCAGGGUCAUGGACAACUAUGUCAAAAUGUGCCAGCAGAAGGGUGCUGUGGUCUCCAAUCAGUGGAUGCAGACGCUUGACUGUUUUAAUGGGUGUCCCGAUGGCCGUGAAUUUCUGACCAGCUUCUUGACAAACGUACAAUAUAGUUAUACCGACCAAAAAUUUCAGCUUAUUAUCACUGCCUAUGAAAGCCCAGCCAUCGUCAAUGUCUUAUGUCCUUCUUAUGAGAAGCAGUUGACAGUGGCCAAGGGGACAACCAUCCGCCUAUCCUUACCAAAGACAGUUGAACUAGAUGGCCAUGGGGUCAGUGACAAAGUAGUCCGAAUCACCUCUGACAAUUACGUCACUGUGACCACAUCCAAUAGAAAACCUUACACUGGUGACUCCAGCGUAAUCCUGCCGACACAUCAGUUAGGGAGAGAAUAUGUAGUUUUCACACCAGACCCAAAGCCAAUGGCAGCACUUUUUGCAAUUGUAAAUGGUGACAAAGUGAACGUGGUUGAGGUCAUGCCUGCUGACACACCCGGAAAGCAUGACACCUAUACAUUGCAGCCGUAUGAAGCCUUCCAGUUUAAGAAUGCCAAGUCUUGGACUGGGACUAGGGUCAGGUCCUCACAUCCCAUAGCUGUUUUAGCAGGGGCAGAGUGUACUCAAUUAUCCAAAUACUGUGAACAUGUAUAUGAACAGCUUAUUCCUGUGGAAAGGCUUUCAACUCACUACUUGGUCCCAUCUAUGCUUAGGCAAAAAACUAAUAUUUACAUUGAUUAUGCCAACGUGGUUGCAACUGAGGAUCACACAACAGUGACCAUUACAUGCGGGACAUAUCCCAGUAACUACAUGUUAGAUGCUGGUGAAACCAAGACUAUUGAGAUGAGAUAUGUUGAACCCUGUGCAGUAAUCAGCAACAAAAAGGUAAUGGUUAUGUACUUUGGCAAUAAUUAUCCCUAUGAUGUGUUUCUGACAACCAUUCUUCCCACCUCGGAGAUGUCAAACAGCUGGUCCUUCACAAUUGAACCACUGUUUGACAACUCUGCUGUAAUAAUAUCAGAAGCAAAGAACUCUGCCAUGAUACAGGGUCUCGAAGGAGCACAGUGGAACAUUUUCAAUUCCGAUGAACGGUAUGUUUGGACAACCAAAACGUUCACGCAUAAGGAAUCAGAUACUUUUGUCAUUUUUGGAACCGCCUUGAUGGCAGUUUAUAUCUUUGGCGGAUUACAAUCGAAUGGGUAUGGCACAACUGGAGUCUGCUCUUCAGGAAAAGCACAAACUCCAGCACCUGAUCCCUGUGAUAGCAUCAUAUGUCGGGAAAAGGAGGAAUGCCGCGGUGACUGUGUCGCCACAUCAGAGGACACCUGCUAUGCCCUGGGGGAUCCCCACUACAGAACAUUUGAUGGCAGACGCUACGACUUCCAGGGUACCUGCACCUACACCAUGGCAAAGGUUGUGAAAACAGAGGCAAGUCUCGCUCCCUUCACAGUCCUGGCCAAGAACAACCACAGAGGGAGCCGAUGGGUGGCAUUUGUGAGGACAGUGACAGUGACUGUCUACAAUCACACCGUAGCCAUUAGCAACAGACGGGGACAGGUGGAGGUGGAUGGUGAAAUUGUUUACCUGCCUGUGAGUUUAGCUGGAGGAAAACUUGUGGUGGUCCAGAGUGGCAGGUAUGCCAUUAUGAAAACGGACUUUGGUCUGAGAGUCACAUAUGACUGGAAUAUGAUGCUGUACAUCACAGUUCCAAGCAGCUACUUCCGAGCCCUGGGUGGCCUUUGUGGGAACUACAAUGGUGACCGUGGGGAUGAGUGGACCAGCCCCUCUGGCAGUCAGCUCUCCUCAGCCCUUGAGUUUGCCAAGAGCUGGAAAGAAGCAGACGGUGACUUGUUCUGCCAUGAUAACUGCCAUGGAAGAUGUCCCACUUGUUCACCAACAGAGCAAGAGAAAUAUGGUGGGAACGGCUACUGUGGAAAAAUCACUGACCCCAAGGGUGUUUUUGCUAAAUGCAUAAGCGAAGUAGACCCUGAAAUCUACUUCAGCAAUUGUGUCUUUGACAUCUGCAUCAAUAAUGGCCUCACCAGCUUCCUAUGUGAUAAUGUGGAAAAUUAUGUUGAUGCCUGUAUGGCCCAAGGCAUCAAGAUUGACCGCUGGAGGACUGUUGCUGACUGCCCAAUUGAUUGUCCUGCAAACAGCCACUAUGAUGCUUGUGGACCAGCAUGUACCUCCUCCUGUGCUGAUAAAAAUGCCGCCUCCACCUGCAAGCUGCCAUGUGUAGAGGGCUGCCAGUGUAAUGCAGGCUUUGUCCUCAGCGGUGACACAUGUGUAAGAGAGACAUCAUGUGGCUGCACCCAUGAGGGUCGCUACCACCCACCUGGAAAGACAUUUUGGGCUGACAACACAUGUACUAAAAGAUGCACUUGCAACUCUGGAACCAUUCAGUGCACUAACACUAAGUGCAAGAGUUCAGAGGUGUGUUCGGUGAGGAAUGGAGUGAGAGACUGCCAUCCCCUCUCUUAUAGCACCUGCUAUGGCUCAGGUGAUCCACACUAUCGAUCAUUUGAUGGGAAGAAAUUUGACUUCCAGGGAACUUGUACAUACUACCUGUCCAAGCUGUUGAACACUACGGAUGAAAGUCUGGAAGCAUUUGAGGUGCAAGUCCAAAAUGAGAACAGAGGCCGCAACAAGGCAGUGGCAUACACAAAGACAGUCCUGAUAAAAGUGUAUGGGCAUACCAUUGUUUUAAGCAGUGACAAUCCAGGAAGAGUGACGCUUGAUGAUGUAUUCGUAAAUUUCCCAAUAACACUGGAGGAUAGUCAACUGUCAAUUGUUCGAAGAGGCUGGUCUGGAGUGGUAAAAACUGAGUUCGGCUUACGAGUCCAGUAUGACUGGAGAAGCUACGUGUCAGUUACUCUGCCUAGCACCUACAGUGGAGAGGUAGGUGGUCUGUGUGGAAACUUCAAUGCCAAUGGAAAUGACGACAUACACACACCUGACAACACCCCUGCCACAACUCCUGCAGAGUUUGAUGAGAGCUGGAAAGUGAAGGAUGACCCGCGAUCUCUUUGCGAUGCCCUCAGUGCAUACACUGCAGUUUGCCAAGAAGCCAAAGCCAGCAUCACUGUUUGGAGAACGGACACAUUCUGUCCUCUGAUCUGCAAGCCAUACAGCCACUAUGAGCUGUGUGCAGACAGCUGUUCUCAAAUGUGUGGCACCAAUGACAUCUGUGAUGUCACUUCUUGCAAAGAGGGCUGUGAGUGUGAUGACGGCUUUGAAUUCAGCAAUGGACAGUGUGUGCGGGAGGAACAGUGUGGCUGUCUCUACAAUGGUCAGUACUAUGAACACGGGCAGAUGUUUUUCCCUGGUGAGCAAUGUGCCCGGCGUUGUGAGUGUGGAGAUAAUCGCAGGGUGCAGUGCCAGGACAGCUUCUCCUGUGGUCCUGGUGAAGUGUGCAAAAUCCACGAUGGAACCAAGGGCUGCUUCCCAACAGACAAAGCAGCUUGCUCUGUGUCAGGAUCUGGACACUAUCAAACAUUCGAUAACAGGGUCUUCAGUGUUCCUGGAAACUGUAAGUACACAAUGGCAGAGGUUGUAGAGGACAAAGAGGGAAAGAGGGUUCCCUUCAAUGUGAUCAUCCAUCAGGAAUCAGCAACUGAUGACCCAACAGUUACCAGAAGUGUCCAAAUACAAGUCAACGACCACAUCCUCUCCAUGCUGCCUGGACGCCAGUGGGAACUCUUGUGGCAGCGCGGCUCGUCCGGUGGGGACCCCGUCAGUGGCUGGACAGCGUUGGCGUCGUGGCGGCACGGCUCGUCCGGCGGGGACCUCGUCAGUGGAUGGACGGCGUUGGGCAGCGGCGGCGUAGCUCGUCCAGUGGGGGCCUCGUCAGCGGAUGGACGGCGUUGGGCAGCGGCGGCGUUGGGCAGCGACGGCGUUGGGCAGCGGCGGCGUUGGGCAGCGGCGGCGCGGCUCGUCCGGCGGGGGCCUCGUCAGUGGCUGGACAGCGUUGGCGUGGUGGCGGGCACAACUCUUCCGGCGGGGACCUCGUCAGUGGCUGGACAGCGUUGGCGUAGCAGUGGGCACGGCUCGUCCGGCAGGGGUCUCGUCAGUGGCUGGACAGAGUUGGGCAGCGACGGCGUUGGGCAGCGACGGCGUUGGACAGCGACGGCGCGGCUCGUCCGGCGGGGGCCUCGUCAGUGGUUGGACAGCGUUGGCGUAGCGGCGGGCACGCUCUUCCGGCGGGGACCUCGUCAGUGGAUGGACAGCGGCGGCACGGCUCGUCCGGUGGUGGGGGAGGGCUCGUCAGUGGCUGGACAGCGUUGGGUCAGCGUGGAUGGUGUCAGAAUGAAUCUCCCGCUUGAGCUGGAUGAUGGGGAAGUGCAAGCCUAUCAGAGUGGCCUUGUCAUCACCCUGCAGACUCACUUUGGCUUGAAGGUGACUUAUGACACCAGGUCCAUGGUCACAGUAGAAAUGCCAUCCUCUUACCAAGGCACUCUGCUAGGUCUCUGUGGCAACUACAACAGCAACCCAGGCGAUGACUUUGCUCUCCCAGGAGGGGAACAGGCAACGUCAGCGGAAGUCUGCGCCAAGGGCUGGGUCGUGGCUGAAAAGGGUGUGAAAUGUCAGACCGGAUGUGGUGGCCAGUGUCCCUCCCCCCCUCCAACAGACACACACGAGUCCAAAGACAAGUGUGACAUCUUGAAAGAUCCAAAGGGUCCAUUUGCAAAGUGCCACGCAACUGUGCCACCUCAGAAGCAUUUUGAUGAAUGUGUGAAAGACCUUUCAGAACAAGGGGGGAAAGACGAGGUCCUCUGCCAACACUUGCAGAACUAUGUUGCCAUUUGCCAGGAGGCUGGAGCCUCAGUCGACCUCUGGAGAAAUGACACAUUCUGCCCUAAAACAUGCCCAGAGAACAGUCAAUAUGAGCUCUGCGCUGACACCUGCACUACCACCUGCGCCAGUCUAACAAAAUCUCCCAAGUGCUCACGCUGCCAGGAGGGAUGUGAGUGUUUGGAUGGUUUUGCAUUUGAUGGUGGGAUUUGUACACCUCUUGGAAAAUGCGGGUGUGUGGUUGACGGACUGUACUUAAAGUCUGGGGAGACCGUGGUUACAGGAGAGGACUGCACAGAGAAGUGUACAUGUUUGGGUGGAGUGUACUCGUGUGAGAAAACAAGGUGCACAGAAGAUCAAGUGUGUUCUAUCAGGGAAGGUGUAAAGAACUGCUAUGAUGUUGACCCUUGCGAGCAGAAAGCGUGCCGUGAAAAAGAAAGGUGUGUGAAGAACGGGACUGUUGUCCAGUGUGUGGCAGAGUCUCAGGCCAGCUGUUGGGUCAUGGGGGACCCCCACUAUCGAAGCUUCGAUGGCAAGACGUUCUCUUUUCAAGGCACAUGUUCAUAUACUCUGGUUCAGACAAGUGGCAAAGAUAAAACACUGACUCCUUUCAGUGUAGUUACCAAAACGGAGUUGGAAUCCCUCCACAGAGGUGCCUACUUAAAGACUGCAACCAUCCGGAUGGCAGAUGUCAAUAUCGUUAUUGUUUAUGGUGAUCCUGGAAAACUGAUGAUUGAUGGAUCCUAUCGCAAUCUUCCUCUAACUCUGGACUCCGGAAAAAUCAAGAUUACCCAGAAGAGCUAUCAGGGUUUCAUCAAGACAGACUUUGGAGUGGAGAUCAUCUUUGAUUGGGGAGAGGACCUGAAGGUCAUUGUGUCAAGUAGCUACUUUGAUAACCUGGAGGGGCUGUGUGGAAACUACAACGAUGACCCAUCAGAUGACUUCUCUCUGCCCAAGGGCAACAUCGUCAGUGACCUGCCAAAGUUUGCAGAGGCUUGGGGUCUCCCAGAGACCAACCAGUCCUGUUUGCAUGCCUGCCUCGGUACCUGCCCUGACUGCCCAGAUGAAUCAGUCUAUAAGAAAAGGCAAUACUGUGGUGAGAUCGUGGAGAAGGAUGGGGUAUUUGCAGCCUGUCAUGCCCACAUUUCACCACUGCCUCUCAUGGCAGACUGCAUUUACAACAUGUGCACCCACCCUGACAAGGAGUUUCUGUGCACGGCCAUGGCCAACUAUGUGGGAAUGUGCCAGCAGAAGGGUGCUGAGGUCUCUAACCAGUGGUUACAGUCACUUAAUUGCUUUAAUGGGUGUCCGGACGGCCGUGAAUUUCUGACCACCUUCUUGACAAACUACAAACACAGUUAUACUCCUGACCAAAAAUAUCAGCUCAUCAUUUCUACCCAUGAAAGCCCAGCCAUCGUCAAUGUGCUAUUCCCUUCUUAUGAGAAGCAGUUGACAAUGGCCAAGGGGACAACCAUCCGCCUAUCUUUACCCAAGGCAGUUGAACUAGAUGGCCAUGGGCUCAGUGACAAAGUAGUCCGCAUCACAUCUGACAAUUACAUCACUGUGACCACAUCCAAUAGAAAACGGUCCACUGGUGACUACAGCGUAAUCCUCCCCACACAUCAGCUUGGGAGAGAGUAUGUACUGUACACACCGGAUCCAUGGAAAUAUGCAGCACUUUUUGCAAUUGUAAAUGGUGACAAAGUGAACGAGGUUGAGGUCAUGCCUGCUGACACACCCGGAAAGCAUGACACCUAUACAUUGCAGCCGUAUGAAGCCUUCCAGUUUAAGAAUGCCAAGUCUUGGACUGGGACUAGGCUUAUUCCUGUGGAAAGGCUUUCAACUCACUACUUGGUCCCAUCUAUGAUCGGGUCUAUUGGUUACACUGAUUUGGCCAGCGUGGUUGCAACUGAGGACCAUACAACCGUGACCAUUACCUGUGGGAAACAUGCCAGCAACUACAUGUUAGCUGCUGGUGAAACCAAGACUAUGAAGAUCACAUAUGGUAAAACCUGUGCAGUAAUCAGCAACAAAAAGCUGCUCUUCCUGGGGUCCACACACAACAUCUACCAAACGUAUUGCAACAUAAUUUCUCAUCCAUGUAUCCUUAUUUUAGGAAAAGCACCAACUCCGGCACCUGAUCCCUGUGAUAGCAUCAUAUGUCGGGAAAAGGAGGAAUGCCGCGAAGGUGAAUGUGUCACCACAUCAGAGGACACCUGCUAUGCCCUGGGGGAUCCCCACUACAGAACAUUUGAUGGCAGACGCUACGACUUCCAGGGUACCUGCACCUACACCAUGGCAAAGGUUGUGAAAAAGGAGACAGGUCUCGUUCCCUUCACAGUCCUGGCCAAGAACAACCACAGAGGGAACCGAUGGGUGGCAUUUGUGAGGACAGUGACAGUGACUGUCUACAAUCACACCGUAGCCAUUAGCAACAGACGGGGACAGGUGGAGGUGGAUGGUGAAAUUGUUUACCUGCCUUUGAGUUUGGCUGGAGGAAAACUUGUGGUGGUCCAGAGUGGCAGGUAUGCCAUUCUGAAAACGGACUUUGGUCUGAAAGUCACAUAUGACUGGAAUAUGAUGCUGUACAUCACAGUUCCAAGCAGCUACUUCCGAGCCCUGGGUGGCCUUUGUGGGAACUACAAUGGUGACCGUGGGGAUGAGUGGACCAGCCCCUCUGGCAGUCAGCUCUCCUCGGCCCUUGAGUUUGCCAAGAGCUGGAAAGAAGCAGACGGUGACUUGUUCUGCCAUGAUAACUGCCGUGGAAGAUGUCCCACUUGCUCACCAACUCAGCAAGAGAAAUAUGGUGGGAACGGCUAUUGUGGAAACAUCACUAACCCCAAGGGUGUUUUUGCUAAAUGCAUAAGCGAAGUAGACCCUGAAAUCUACUUCAGCAAUUGUGUCUUUGACAUCUGCAUCAAUAAUGGCCUCACCAGCUUCCUAUGUGAUAAUGUAGAAAAUUAUGUUGAUGCCUGUAUGGCCCAAGGCAUCAAGAUUGACAGCUGGAGGACUGCUGACUGCCCAAUUGAUUGUCCCGCAAACAGCCACUACAAUGCUUGCGGACCAGCAUGCGCCUCCUCCUGUGCUGAUAAAAACGGAGCAUCCACCUGCAAGCUGCCAUGUGUAGAUGGCUGCCAUUGUAACGCAGGCUUUGUCCUCAGCGGUGACACAUGCUGCACUAACACCAAGUGCAAGAGUUCAGAGGCGUGUUCGGUGAGGAAUGGAGUGAGAGACUGCCAUCCCCUCUCUUAUAGCACCUGCUAUGGCUCAGGUGAUCCACACUAUCGAUCAUUUGAUGGGAAGAAAUUUGACUUUCAGGGAACUUGUACAUACUACCUGUCCAAGCUAUUGAACACUACGGACCAAAGUCUGGAAGCAUUUGAGGUGCAAGUCCAAAAUGAGAACAGAGGCCGCAACAAGGCAGUGGCAUACACAAAGACAGUCCUGAUAAAAGUGUAUGGGCAUACCAUUGUUUUAAGCAGUGACAAUCCAGGAAGAGUGACGCUUGAUGAUGUAUUCGUAAAUUUCCCAAUAACACUGGAGGAUGGGCGACUGUCAAUUGUUCGAAGUGGCUGGUCUGGAGUGGUAAAAACUGAGUUCGGCUUACAAGUCCAGUAUGACUGGAGAAGCUACGUGUCAGUUACUCUGCCUAGCACCUACAGUGGAGAGGUAGGUGGUCUGUGUGGAAACUUCAAUGCCAAUGGCAAUGACGACAUGCACACACCUGACAACACCCCUGCCAAAACCCCAACAGAGUUUGCUCUUUGUGAUGCCCUCAGUGCAUACACUGCAGUUUGCCAAGAAGCCAAAGCCAGCAUCACUGUUUGGAGAACGGACACAUUCUGUCCUCUGAUCUGCAAGCCAUACAGCCACUAUGAGCUGUGUGCAGACAGCUGUUCUCAAACGUGUGGCACCAAUGACAUCUGUGAUGUCACUUCUUGCAAAGAGGGCUGUGAGUGUGAUGACGGCUUUGAAUUCAGCAAUGGACAGUGUGUGCGGGAGGAACAGUGUGGAUGUCUCCACAAUGGUCAGUACUAUGAACACGGGCAGGUGUUUUUCCCUGGUGAGCAAUGUGCCCGGCGUUGUGAGUGUGGAGAUAAUGGCAGGGUGCAGUGCCAGGACAGCUUCUCCUGUGGUCCUGGUGAAGUGUGCAAAAUCCAGGAUGGAACCAAGGGCUGCUUCCCAACAGACAAAGCAGCUUGCUCUGUGUCAGGAUCUGGACACUAUCAAACAUUCGAUAACAGGGUCUUCAGUGUUCCUGGAAACUGUAAGUACACAAUGGCAGAGGUUGUAGAGGACAAAGAGGGAAAGAGGGUUCCCUUCAAUGUGAUCAUCCAUCAGGAAUCAGCAACUGAUGACCCAACAGUUACCAGAAGUGUCCAAAUACAAGUCAACGACCACAUCCUCUCCAUGCUGCCUGGACGCCAGUGGGAACUCUUGGUGGAUGGUGUCAGAGUGAAUCUCCCGCUUGAGCUGGAUGAUGGGGAAGUGCAAGCCUAUCAGAAUGGCCUUGUCAUCACUCUUCAGACUGACUUUGGCUUGAAGGUGACUUAUGACACCAGGUCCAUGGUCAGAGUAGAAAUGCCAUCCUCUUACCAAGGCACACUGCUAGGUCUCUGUGGCAACUACAACAGCAACCCAGGCGAUGACUUCGCUCUACUGGGAGGUCAACAGGCCACGUCGGCAGAAGCCUUUGCCAAGGGCUGGGCCGUGGCUGAAAAGGGUGUGAAAUGUCAGACCGGAUGUGGUGGCCAGUGUCCCUCCCCCCCUCCAACAGACAAACAGGACUCCAAAGACAAGUGUGACAUCUUGAAAGACACAAAGGGUCCAUUUGCAAAGUGCCACGCAACUGUGCCACCUCAGAAGCAUUUUGACGAAUGUGUGAAAGACCUUUCAGAACAAGGGGGUAAAGACGAGGUCCUCUGCCAACACCUGCAGAACUAUGUUGCCGUUUGCCAGGAGGCUGGCGCCUCGGUCGACCUCUGGAGAAAUGACACAUUCUGCCCUAAAACAUGCCCAGAGAACAGUCAAUAUGAGCUCUGCGCUGACACCUGCACUACCACCUGCGCCAGUCUAACAAAAUCUCCCAAGUGCUCACGCUGCCAGGAGGGAUGUGAGUGUUUGGAUGGUUUUGCAUUUGAUGGUGGCGUUUGUACACCGCUUGGAAAAUGUGGAUGUGUGGUUGACGGACUGUACUUAAAGUCUGGGGAGACAGUGGUUACAGGAGAAGACUGCACAGAGAAGUGUACAUGUUUGGGUGGAGUUUACUCGUGUGAGAAAACAAGGUGCACAGAAGAUCAAGUGUGUUCUACCAGGGAAGGUGUAAAGAAGUGCUAUGACGUUGACCCUUGCGAGCAGAAAGCGUGCCGCGAAAAAGAAAGGUGUGUGAAGAACGGCACUGUUGUUCAGUGUGUGGCAGAGUCCCAGGCCAGCUGUUGGGUCAUGGGGGACCCCCACUAUCGAAGCUUCGAUGGCAAGACGUUCUCUUUUCAAGGCACAUGUUCAUAUACUCUGGUUCAGACAAGUGGCAAAGAUAAAACACUGACUCCUUUCAGUGUAGUUGCCAAAACGGAGUUGGAAUCCCUCCACAGAGGUGCCUACUUAAAGACUGCAACCAUCCGGAUGGCAGAUAUCAAUAUCGUUAUUGUUUAUGGUGAUCCUGGAAAAGUGAUGAUUGACGGAUCUACUCGAAAUCUCAACAAUCUCAAAUCGAAAUCUCUAACUCUCAACUCCGGAAAAAUCAAGAUUACCCAGAAAGAAUAUCAGGGUUUCAUCGAGACAGACUUUGGAGUGGAGAUCAUCUUUGAUUGGGGGGAGGACCUGAAGGUCAUUGUGUCAAGUAGCUACUUUGAUAACCUGGAGGGGCUGUGUGGAACCUACAACGAUGACCCAUCAGAUGACUUCUCUCUGCCCAAGGGCAACAUCGUCAGUGACCUGCCGAAGUUUGCAGAGGCUUGGGGUCUCCCAGAGACCAACCAGUCCUGCAUGCAUGCCUGCCCUGGUACCUGCCCAAACUGCCCAGAUGAGUCAGUUUAUAAGCAAAGGCAAUACUGUGGUGAGAUCGUGGUGAAGGAUGGGGCAUUUGCAGCCUGCCACGCCCACAUUUCACCACUGCCUCUCAUGGCAGAUUGCAUUUACAACAUGUGCACCCACCCAGACAAGGAGUUUCUGUGCACGGCCAUGGCCAACUAUGUGAGAAUGUGCCAGCAGAAGGGUGCUGAGGUCUCUACCCAGUGGUUACAAAAUCUGAAGAGGAGCACAGAUGAGGAGAAGGAGAUUGCAGAAAGCUAUCUAUACACAGAGCUGCUGCAUCAAGCAAUAUGA